AUGUCCGUCCGUCCGUCCGUUUGUCCGUUCGUCCGGGCGGGAUUAGCCCAUCCGACACGAAUCCAAUCAAGUGGCGUAAAAGGCAAUAAUUCAUGCAACCAAGAAAGGCAAUUAAUCCGCCAACUUCAUGUUUUUUGUAGCCAUGACUGCGGCUCUCUGCCUCGAGGCAUACUGCACGACAUGCGCGAACUCGCCGCGUGUCUGGCGUGUCCGGACAGCCCCGGACUCGGACACGGAGGCCACGAGGGGCGGGAUCGCAGAGGGUCAGAGGGGGUGUCUGUUGGUACGGGGUUGUAA